AUGGCCAAGAUUAACACCCAGUUCUCCCACCCUGCGGUAAGGACCACGGACAGAGAUCUUGACCACGUUGAAAACGGCCUCAGCAGGGUCCACUCGCCGAGUGAGGAGACUUCGUCAGAACUGCAGCAGAUCGCCAUGGAGACCAGAGGACUGGCGGAGUCCAGGCAAAGCUCCUACACCAGCCAGGGCCCCGCCAGGAUGUCUCGCCUGAUCAUCUCACUGCGAGCCUGGACCACCAGGCACUUACACCAUGAGGCCCAGAGAACAGACUCCUUCCUGGAGCGUUUCCGUGGAGCUGAGCUCAAGGAGGUGUCCAGCCAAGAAAGCAAUGCCCAGUCAAAUGUGGGCAGCCAGGAGCCACCAGAGAGAGGGAGAAGUGGCUGGCCCCUGGCCAGAAACAACACCAACGCCUGCAACAACUCAGAGGAUGACAAGGCGAAAAAGGAGGAGAAGGAGAAAGAGGAAGAGAAAGAGAAAAACUGCUCAAAACAAGAGGAAAACAAGGACAGCGUGGUGGUGGACCCCUCCAGCAACAUGUACUACCGCUGGUUGACUGUCAUUGCCCUGCCUGUCUUCUAUAACUGGUGUCUGCUGGUGUGCAGGUCCUGUUUCGAUGACCUGCAGUCUGAGCACGUGAUGCUGUGGCUCGUCCUGGACUACUCGGCAGAUGUCCUCUAUGGCUUGGAUGUGCUGGUGCGAGCCCGGACAGGCUUCCUUGAGCAAGGCUUGAUGGUCAGGGAUGCCCAGAGGCUUUGGAAGAAUUACACAAAGACCAUGCACUUCAAGCUAGACAUGUUGUCCCUGGUCCCCACAGACCUGGCUUAUUUUAAGUUGGGUAUAAACUACCCAGAACUGAGGUUCAACCGCCUACUGAAGUUUGCCCGGCUCUUUGAGUUCUUCGACCGCACAGAGACAAGGACCAACUACCCCAAUUUGUUCAGGAUUGGGAACUUGGUCUUGUACAUCCUCAUUAUCAUCCACUGGAAUGCCUGCAUCUACUUUGCCAUUUCCAAGUUCAUUGGUUUUGGGACAGAUUCCUGGGUGUAUCCAAACAUCUCAAACCCAGAGUAUGGACGCCUUUCCAGGAAGUACAUUUACAGUCUCUAUUGGUCCACCUUGACCCUGACCACCAUCGGGGAGACCCCACCCCCUGUGAAAGAUGAGGAGUAUCUGUUUGUGGUCAUAGACUUCCUAGUGGGCGUCCUGAUUUUUGCCACCAUUGUUGGCAAUGUGGGCUCCAUGAUCUCAAACAUGAAUGCUUCACGGGCCGAGUUCCAGGCCAAGAUUGACUCUAUUAAGCAGUACAUGCAAUUCCGCAAGGUGACCAAGGACUUGGAGACACGGGUAAUCCAGUGGUUUGACUACCUGUGGGCCAACAAGAAGACGGUGGAUGAGAAGGAGGUGCUCAAGAGUCUCCCAGACAAACUGAGGGCCGAGAUCGCCAUCAAUGUGCACCUGGACACUCUGAAGAAGGUCCGCAUCUUCCAAGACUGUGAGGCAGGGCUGCUGGUAGAGCUUGUGCUCAAGCUGCGGCCGGCAGUGUUCAGCCCAGGGGAUUACAUCUGCAAGAAGGGGGACAUCGGGAGGGAGAUGUACAUCAUCAAAGAGGGCAAGCUGGCUGUGGUGGCUGAUGAUGGGAUCACCCAGUUCGUGGUCCUCAGUGAUGGGAGUUACUUUGGGGAGAUCAGCAUCUUAAACAUCAAGGGGAGCAAGUCAGGGAACCGCAGGACAGCCAACAUCAGGAGCAUCGGCUACUCAGACCUGUUCUGCCUUUCCAAGGAUGAUCUGAUGGAGGCUCUCACCGAAUACCCGGAAGCCAAGAAGGUCCUAGAGGACAAGGGACGGCAGAUCCUGAUGAAGGACAACCUGAUUGAUGAGGACAUGGCCAAGGCCGGGGCGGACCCCAAGGAUAUCGAGGAGAAGGUGGAGCACCUGGAGUCCUCCCUGGACGCCCUGCAGACCAGGUUUGCACGGCUCCUGGCUGAGUAUAAUGCCACCCAGAUGAAAGUGAAGCAGCGUCUCAGUCACCUGGAAAGCCGGGUGAAGAUCUGUGGGAGUGACCCUCUGUCUGACGGGGAUGGUCCUGGGGAGGCUGAGAAAACAGAGACCAAACAAGAGUGA